AUCUCUGUGCCAGUCUCUUCUCUGCAGACACACACAGUGAGUAAAGUUUCCUCCUCUGAUCCGAGCUGCAGCUGCGGACUCUGGAAACACGGUGAGAGAAUCUCCGGUGUGUCACCCUCCCCUUCCUUCCUUCCUUCCUCAACUUUGACUCCAACGCCCAGAGAUGUCCUCUCAGGCCACGCCCACCCAGGGGUCGAGACCGCUGACCCCUCCGCUGACCUCUGCAGGAUCGCCGCGCUCGCCACUGUCCCCAAAGUCCCUGCAUCCUCCAGGCUGCAGACACAGAGAGCGCUCACCUUCCCCCAUCAGAGGCUUCCUCAUCCCCAGCCCUCUGCCCACCCGCAGAAACAGGACCUGCUCGGCGACGGCUCGGGCGUCGGAGGGUCCAGUGUUUGCGGGUGUGUGUAAAUGUUUUUCCCGCUCAAAAGGCCACGGCUUCAUCACGCCAUCGGACGGGGGCAAGGACAUCUUCGUCCACAUCUCAGACAUCGAGGGCGAGUACGUGCCGGUGGAAGGCGACGAGGUGAGCUACAAGGUCUGCUCCAUCCCUCCCAAGUUCGAGAAGGUGCAGGCGGUGGAGGUGACCAUCACCCAUCUCAACCCGGGAAGCAAACACGAGACCUGGUCCGGGCACAUCGUCAGCGGCUGAGCGCUGGGGGUCCGAGGGGGGGGGGGGCCGGGGUCGA